CCCUUCAGCUUCUUGCGGACUGUCCUCUUUCUUCUCAUCUCUCCAUGUCUAUAUAAACUUCCAGAAACUCUCAAUUACCAACUCACUUGUUUUCGCUCUCAAGGAAUUGUAAGGUUAUGCUCCUUGCAGUUUAGUAAAUUCAGCCACUAACAUGCAUAUAACUUAUACCAAACCAAUUCCAAAUUUUCACUCAUGCAGUUUCUGAUCACAAAUGGAGUGCAAGCAAACUUUUAAAAUUUUCUGCAAGGCAGGACUUGAAUUUGCCCUCACAAUAAGAGAUGGCGAGGUCGUCCUUGCUCCAUCUAAUAUAUUAGAUAAGAAUCAGCAUUGGUACAAAAUUGAUAAGAUCCACAAAAAGGAUGAUGAGGAUUUCCCAGCGUUUGUUUUAGUAAACCAAGCCACGGGUCAAUCCUUGCGUAAUGCCUGUAGAUGCGGUGAAUCUGUACAAUUGAGUUCAAAGGACCCAAAUGUUCAGGAUACUUAUUUACUUUGGACUGAAGGGAGUGUUUUGGAAAAUGGCUUUAGGGCAAUACGGAGUGCUAAUAACGCCUGGUUGUAUCUGGAUGCUUUUGGCGGGGACCCUUUUAGUGAGGGUUUUGUGCAAGAUGGCACCAAUGUUGUAGUUUGCAAUAGGAAUAAAAGUGACACUCAAUGUUGGAAGAUUCUUCCAUAUUGUAAGUUUCUCAAAAUUGAAUUCUAACAAGAGAGAGUUUCUCAUUGUUGAAACUUCAUAAAUUUAUUUCUUUUCUCAUCUCAUAAUUUUAAUUCUUACUAUUUUCCACACAAAUUUACAGCAGCACCAUUUAAAAUCUACUGUAAAUGCUCACCCAAUUUUUAUCUUACAAUAAGAGAUGGCAAAGCUAUACUAGCUCCAGCUAACCCCUUUGAUAAAUUCCAGCGCUGGUACAAGGAUAGGAAGUACAGCAAUAGAGUAAAAGAUGAGGAUGGUUUAGCAUCUUUUGCAUUGGCUAAUAAGGCUACUGGCCUAGCCAUUAAGCAUUCUGCUGCUGCUUAUCAACAUGUACAAUUGGUUUCCUACAACCCAACAGUUCUUGAUGAGUCUGUGUUAUGGACUCAGAAGAAGCUUUUGGAUGGUGAUUAUAAAACCAUAAGGAUGAUAAACAACCUGCGUCUAGUUUGGCAUGCUGCUGAUGAUGACGUCCAUGAUGGAACCAAUCUUAUAAACCACCCAUGGAAUGAAGAAGACAACCAACAAUGGAUUAUUGAACCAUACUGAAAUGUAGUGAGAUGGUGCAAGAUCCAAAAGGCGAAUUCUGUUGUGCUUACCAAAAUAGAGGACUUUACCAGUACAAGUUCUUGUGUAUUGUGCUCUGUUUUAACUUAUGAGUGCUAUUCAAACUUGUGGACAUGAUGAGUUUUCUUCUUUUUUUAAAAAAAAUUUUCUGAUUGUGGUUUCAGCAUUAACUGGCUAUUACUCAAAACACGAAGGCCCAUUUGAAAUAUUUAGGCUUUGCUUUUCUGAACGACGUUGUCUGACGAUAGUUGAGGUCAUUCUUCUAAAUUAUGUUAAGCCACUUAAACAACGUCGUACGUCAUCCUAGCUACCCGGCACCGUCCAUCCUCCGUCGUCCGUUGUAUACACUCUUAAGCAGUGCAGAGCAAGACUAUUUCCAGCUCGUCUCUGUCGUCUUAAUUAGGUUCUAAUUCUUCUUCAUUUUUCCUUUCAAUUUGUUUCUCUGCUUUUCUCCUCCUAUUUGUUUGAUUUCAUAGGCUUUUCUACUUUGAGACUCCGUUAAUUAGUCUCUCAAAUUGAUACAACUUUUCAUAAAAAGACGAAUAAAUAGAAUAAUUAUUA